AUUCAUCCCUUUGAGCAUGUUUUAUUUUCAAAGCAAGAAGCCAUCAUGGGAGACCUUUUUUCUUUAUUUUGGGAGGUGGAUCCUCCCCCCAUACCUAUAAGUUUUACCAUUCCAAAUCAAGAUUAUGAAUGCCGGAAGGACGAGUCUUGUGGGGCAAUAGGAAACUUCUUGCUUUGGUAUUUUGUCAUUAUAAUGGUGCUGAUGUUCUUCUCUCGGGCUUCUGUCUGGAUGUCUGAGAAGAAAAAGGAUGAGGACAAUGGGACAAGCACUUCACUAAGUAAAGGAAGCAAAGAUACUUCCGAUAAGCGGCAAAGCAAAGAUGGUGCCUGGGAUUCUUUGCAAAUGAUGAAAAAACCAAAGCAGAAUCAACUUACCCCUGUAACUAACUCAGAAGUGGCUUUGGUCAACGCCUGUCUUGAACAAAGACGAGCAAGGCGCCAUUCUGAAUUCAGCCAGGUGACUCAGACCCAACAUGACAGCGAUGCUACUGAGGGUGACACUGAAGAAUCUAACUCGGGAGCCUCCUCCUGGAAGGAGAGUGAGAGUGAACACCACCCCUCGCCAGCCAGUAUUAAGAAGAGGAAAACAGCUCAGAGGCCAAGGAAUGUGGCAGGUUACCAAAUCAGGGAAAGGCCCUGCCUCCACUGCAAAGCCAUGAGAACCAACGAAUGGCUGACCCGCCAUUUCCUUCAAAACACUUCAGUAAUAACCCCAAUGAAGGGAGAUAUUCAGGAAGAAAAUUCUGGACCUGAUAGUAACACAAAAUUCAGUAACUUUUAAAUUUUAUUAAGUUCUCACCUUACCGGGAGCCAAAUGAAAGAAAUGAAGAAAACACGAAAAAUCACCAGAGCUCUAGAUGUAGAGGCUUUUACAAUAAAGUUUCUCUACUAACAACAAAAACAUUCUUGGAACCCAAGAUGUAAAAUUUCAGAUAAUUCUUUGUCCAAACACAGGCCAGCGAAUUGGUUUAUGACACCACUGGAGCAUCAAAGAUCUGCAUCUGCUGUGAUUUUUUUAUUCAAAAGAGCACAAGACAGAUAUUUUAUGCCUUGAGUGUAUAUAUCUUGUUUCUGUCUAUAAUACAAAUAAGGAGGCUCUUUGAAAAUAUAUUUAUGUUUAGAAA